AUGAGGUGUUUCCUUGCUCUUUCAGUGCUGCCCACUUGCUCCCCCUUGGACUUCCACUGUGACAAUGGAAAAUGUAUCCGCCGGUCGUGGGUCUGCGAUGGAGACAAUGACUGUGAGGAUGACUCUGAUGAGCAGGACUGCCCUCCAAGGGAGUGUGAGGAAGAUGAGUUCUCAUGUCAGAAUGGAUACUGCAUUCGCAGCCUGUGGCACUGUGAUGGUGACAACGACUGUGGGGACAACAGUGAUGAGCAGUGUGAUAUGAGGAAGUGCUCAGAGAAGGAGUUCCGCUGCAGUGACGGCAGCUGCAUAGCUGAGCACUGGUUCUGUGAUGGGGACACAGACUGCAAGGAUGGCUCAGAUGAAGAGAAUUGCCGUAAGUGCUCUCCUUUGUAAUCACAGGAAAUAGCCCUUUGGACCUGCUCUUGCCUUGGGUUUUGGCAUGUUUUCUGCAGCGGAGAUCAAAAACA